CAAUAGCGCUCGAUUUGACAACAGCAUCCGUUUUGAUCAGCACAUGGAAUAUCGACAAAAUACUUCACUUAAAUACUCCAGCAACCUAACUGUACAGAUCAGUGCAGACCUUGAUCCGGUCUACAUAACGACGCGAAUCYAUUGGCAAUCUUGAAUAUCUAGACAUAAAGCAAGAAACAUAAAGUCUAUAGCGAGCAUGAACGGUCAGGGAAUUGCCAAGAGACAUUCUUUCCCCCUUCGCACAUAUUCUUGGCAUGGAAUUAGAAGAAACCACAUCGCAAUUGAAAACGGUGACGACCCGCUAAACCCAUACAAAGUCAGGAAUGCCCCGGUUGUGACAUCCGAAGGAACGCUUGAGGAGCGGGAAACAAGGCUUGAGGAAGCCCUGCUAUGGAUACGAAAAGAACUAACGGAUAUGCGGCACCAAGACAAAUAYCUCACACGUGAAUUCAUCCAACUACGCGCAACAAUACAACGAAUCAGAACAGAACAUGAAACGAUGCUUGAAGAAUUCGAGAACGGUGAAUCGAACGGUGAUGUGCUCAAAGAUUUGAGUGAUAUACCGCAAAGAAUAGUACCUCGAGCUAAAGAUGGCCGUCCAUUAGUACGGAAGAGUUAUUCCAUGGUUAUAUGAUAUAGGAUUCUURAUUAAUGUUAUCUUUUAGGUAUUAUUUUGUUGAAAAAAUCUCAUAAAUCGCAAGGGUGCUCUCUUGGAUAACAUAAAAUUUUCUUGUUCAUUWUCAACAAAAAUCGUUCAAAUAUUGCUCGGAAAACCACUUCAAAAUUUCACAAGAGCACUGUCACGGGGYUACAUGUAAAAUAAUGCCGUCGUGUCGYGGCAAUCUCGUAUCAUAACCCGCCUAAAAUUUUGAUCUGAGCGGGCUUUGGAUACGASAUGGAGACGUGAUCUAUUUUGUCGAUGAGUCARAUGCUUACGUUUUGGCCAAGMGUUCUUUUUAGCWCAGCAAUGGGCCUAMAUUUGGUUUUCAAUGUUUACAUAAGACGACCGCGUCCCUUAAAUUAACACUCCAUGAUAUAGAUGUCUACCAAACUUAAUAAUUCAAAAACCGCAGUAUUAUUGUCGGCAUCAAACGCCUGCGUGUCGACAUCAAAUAUGUAUGAUACUGAAAAAUAACAGAAUCUAUACUUCACYAAUUUAAAUUUGCACUAUAAUCCCUAGUCCCUUUUAUAGUACGCAYCAUGAAAGGCACAGGUAGCCCACUCAAUAACCACCUCAACAAAGGGAAYAUCGCUAUAAUAAUUUUAUAUAUAGAUCUGUACAGUAAAGUGAUUUAGCCAAGAGUACAAUAAAGCUGUAAACUUUGA